UUAAGAGCCACGGGAGGUGAGAUCCAACACCCACCCCUGCAGCCGCAGCGCGCUUCAGGUGAUGCUUCCUUACUCGUUUACAAGACAAUAGCCGAAGCAAUUAAGGAGGGGGAAAAAAAUGACUGAUCCUUCUCUAUGAGAUAAUGGAUGAGCCCGGGAUGACCUGUUUUUUUCCUUGCGGUAGAGCGGUGCUGAAGACAGAGGGCACCCGCGCCCAGCCCACAGCCGUCGCCCCGUCGCCAGCGCGCCAGCUCGGGGCGGCCGGAGAGCCGCCAAUGCCCGCUCCCAGCAGGCAGGGAGUCACUGCCUCACCCGGCCAGGUUAAAAACCACUAGGAUGACGGCUGUCUUGGCACCUUCGAGAGUGAUACUGUGAGGAUUCACUGUGAUGGUAUUUGGAGCGACUUGGACGUCGUCGAGGAGAAGCAGAUGCCAUUUCCUACAUGUCCUUAAACCAUGUGCAGGCAAGAGGAGCCCAUGAAAUUCGUAACCUGGGUCUGGAUGACAUCGUGCAACAAAAUGAUUGGCGUGCUGCUGGUCUUUUUCCCUGCUCUGCUCCUGGAGGUGGACGUGCUGCCCAGGAGUGCCGGAAGGAAGGUGCUUCUCUCUGCAGCGUCCUCACAGCGGUCGGUGGCUCGGAUGGACGGGGAUGUCAUCAUCGGGGCCCUCUUCUCUGUCCAUCACCAGCCACCGGCUGAGAAAGUGCCCGAGAGGAAGUGCGGGGAAAUUCGAGAGCAAUACGGCAUCCAGAGAGUCGAAGCCAUGUUUCACACUUUGGAUAAAAUUAACGCCGACCCAGUCCUGCUGCCUAACAUCACCCUGGGCAGCGAGAUCCGAGACUCCUGCUGGCACUCCUCCGUAGCCCUGGAGCAGAGCAUCGAGUUCAUACGGGACUCCCUCAUCUCCAUCAGGGACGACAAGGACGGAGGCACCCGCUGCAUUUCCGAGUCGCAGCCCCAGCCCCAGACCAGAGUGAAAAAGCCCAUCGCGGGGGUCAUUGGCCCCGGCUCCAGCUCAGUUGCUAUCCAGGUCCAAAACCUGCUCCAGCUCUUCGACAUCCCCCAGAUCGCUUACUCCGCCACCAGCAUCGACCUGAGCGACAAAACGCUGUACAAAUACUUCCUCAGGGUGGUCCCCUCCGACACGCUGCAAGCCAGGGCCAUGCUUGACAUAGUUAAGCGUUACAACUGGACCUACGUCUCCGCCGUCCACACGGAAGGAAAUUAUGGGGAAAGUGGAAUGGAAGCCUUCAAAGAGCUGGCUGCCCAAGAGGGUCUCUGCAUUGCUCACUCUGACAAGAUCUACAGCAACGCUGGGGAAAAGAGCUUUGAUCGCCUGCUCCGCAAGCUGCGAGAAAGGUUACCCAAGGCCAGAGUGGUGGUUUGCUUCUGUGAGGGAAUGACAGUGAGGGGGAUCCUCAUUGCCAUGAGGCGCCUGGGAGUGCUUGGGGAGUUCCUGCUAAUUGGAAGUGACGGUUGGGCAGACAGAGAUGAAGUCAUUGAAGGUUAUGAACCCGAAGCAAAUGGAGGCAUUACUAUCAAACUGCAGUCUCCUGAGGUCUUGGCAUUUGACGACUACUAUCUGAAGCUGCGUUUGGACACCAACACCCGCAAUCCUUGGUUUCCUGAGUUCUGGCAGCACAGAUUUCAGUGCCGUAUCCCAGGGCACCCACUAGAGAAUCCCAACUUCCAGAAGAACUGCACUGGCAAUGAGAGCCUAGAAGAAAAUUAUGUGCAGGACAGUAAAAUGGGAUUUGUCAUCAAUGCUAUAUAUGCUAUGGCUCAUGGGCUACAAAAUAUGCAUCAUUCCCUUUGUCCUGGACAUGUUGGACUCUGUGAUGCUAUGAAGCCGAUUGAUGGUAGCAAGCUCUUGGAGUUCCUCCUCAAAUCCUCAUUCAUUGGUGUUUCUGGAGAAGAAGUUUGGUUUGAUGAAAAGGGAGAUGCCCCUGGAAGGUAA